ACUAUGAAUUGGGAAAAAAAGACUAACCGCAGUAACUGGCCUGUUUCUAAGCUUCAGGAACCACACAAACAGCAUUUGAUUAAUUUCUUUUUUUUUGAUGAAAAUCCUUCUGCUGUUAUAACUGAUGCUGUAGAAAGUUUGACAACAGCUUUCGAAGGGCUUGAUAUUAAGAAGUCUAGAGUCAAUGAGUUUAUGAAGGACGAAUGUAAUCUCUCUUUGAAAGUCGUUACGUUGUAUCCA